CGCGCGUAUACCAGCACGACGAGAUAGCUGCGCGCGCGCGAGCGCCGGCUGCAAAUGGGAUUGGGAAUAGCGGCGCGGUUUAAUACGAUUACUGGGUCAGUAGUAGCUGACGGUACUUGCUGAGGCUUCCUACCCUAUACUCGCGAGACGCGCCUUCUUCGCAGUGUGUGGGAUAGGCCGAGGAGGACGAGCCAAAAGUUUUCCGUUUCUUACUGACGCGGCAGGAAAGGGUUGAAGCUGGGAUCGGCCGCUGCCGAUCUGAUCGAGAAUCCGAUUCUCGGAGUGGAGGCUUUGUCUUUUUUUCCAUAGUGUAGAAUUUACAGUGAUAAUCGGAGCCCGAUUGCCAGGAGGCAAGGAGAGACGAGGAGAUGGGAAAGGACGACGCCGAGACCAUCGCUCUCAAGAAGGAACUUGACGACCUGAUCAACAAGUGCAAGGAAGACCAGAAAAAAUGCCAGGACACGACGAUCGAGGACGUGUGCAGCAGUGUCGCGGAUGCGCCGAAGAUAAAGUUGUCUACGAAAAAGAUGCUCAAGGGCCACAUCAACAAAGUCAACUCGGUACACUUUAGCGGUGACAGUAGGCACUGCGUGACGGGCUCUCUCGACGGCAAGCUCAUCAUCUGGGAUACAUGGACGGGCAACAAGGUCCAGGUCAUACCCCUGCGCUCGGCCUGGGUCAUGUCCGUCGCGUUUGCUCCCUCUGGCAAUUUCGUCGCCUGCGGUGGUAUGGACAACAUGUGUACCGUCUACGACGUCAACAACCGCGACGCCACAGGCUCUGCUAAAAUCACCCGUGAGCUUUUGGGCUACGAAGGCUUUCUGUCGUCAUGCAGGUUCCUGGACGACGGCCAUCUCAUCACGGGUUCCGGUGACAUGAAGAUUUGCAUUUGGGACUUGGAGGCGAACAAAAAGACGACGGACUUUGCAGGACACGCCGGUGACAUAGCCAGCUUGAGUCUGGGUCCGGAUGGUAAUACCUACAUCACCGGCUCGGUAGACAGGACCUGCAAACUCUGGGAUCUCAGGGAGGAGGUGGCUCAUCAGACAUUCUUUGGGCACGAGGCUGACGUCAAUUCCGUUUGCUACCAUCCUUCGGGAAAUGCGUUUGUGACGGCGUCGGAGGACAAGACAGCGCGACUCUGGGAUUUGCGCGCAGAUCAGCAGAUUGCUUCCUUCAAGCCACCCAACUCCAACCCUGGAUUCACCUCCUGCGGACUUUCUUUCAGCGGACGGUUCAUCUUCUGCGGCACUGACGACAACAAUAUUCAUAUCUGGGAUACCCUCAAGGUCCAACAUAAUGGAGUCCUGCAAGGUCACGAAAAUCGUGUGACAUCGCUGAGCGUUUCCGGCAACGGCAUGGCGAUGGUCAGCUGCUCCUGGGACCAGAACUGCCGAGUCUGGGUUUAAAAGAUUGCUCUUACGCCGUACACGUGAGAAAUGACGGAAGGAAUGCAUUUAUUAACAACGCUCGCAAUGCAAAGCUAGUCCUCGUCCUCGCAAGUCAAUGUCGAUAAAAGUUCUAUGUGUUUUGUUAUUGAUUAUUUCAAAUAUACUUUAAUUCAAGCUACGCAGAUGAUUUAGAAAAUUUAUUCUCAUUUAAAAGAAAAGAUGACGCAUUUACAUUUUAAUCGAAGGAUCAAGAGAAACAUAUUGGUAUGCCGUAGCGUAUUAUCGAUUGUUUAUAUAUGGCUAAAAAGUCGUAGUAAUAAGACACAUUAGAUUGUACCAAAACACCAUUGGGUUUUUAAUAAAUAAAAAGAGAUUUAGACAAAA